AUUAGGAUAAGGUUUCAAAAUCAUGCACAUGACAAUAUAUGACUACUAAAUGCAGGCAGGGACUUUUAAUUGCCAAAAAGUUGAGUAUCAAAAAGCAUUGGUAUCUACCUUAGUCUAGUCAAUAUGGAAUGUUUAGAAAAAGAAAUUGGAAAUAACACAUCAAAAUGCAACGUACAUAUGUCACCAAAUAUUACCUUCUACCUCGAAAUAAACGAAAAUAACGAAAAGAAAGCCAAAAAACAGAUUUUAGGAGAUAUCUGGGAGAGGGGGGCUCGCACGAUCCCCCUCCCCCCGCUGGCUACGGGCCUGCCAAGAACUGACAGCAAGAAAAUCGUGACUACAAACAAGGCAUUUGCAUGCAAAAUGUCACCACCUGCUAUUUGCUACACUCGCCGAUCUUCAUUUGAUAAGUUUGGGCAGAAUGUCAGUACACUCUAGGUUCACUUUAGGUCCAUGCUUUGGAUGACAUUUUGCCCAAAUACACCUCACAACGCGGAACGCUUUUGUAAAAGUCCUGUGGCCAAUUGACCUCAUGUUAAUGAAACUGUGUUUCAAGUGGAACACCUUCCAAGUGCCACACUUUUCCCUAGUCCUAAGGGCGUUCCAA